AUGAUGAAUCACCGAAAGGGCAAGUUUCUUCCGGCAUUAUUAAAUCAAGUAGUUCGGCAACCGUUCGACACACUAAAGGUCUGCAUCCCGGCUAUGGUAUAUAUUCUUCAGAAUAAUUUGUUCUAUGUUGCUGCUUCACAUCUGGAUGCCGCCACAUUCAUGAUCACGUCCCAGCUGAAAAUCUUCACGGCGGCAAUCUUUACUGUAAUCAUGUUGAAACGGUCGUUAACGAGGACCCAAUGGUUUGCCCUUGCUAUACUUUUCAUUGGUGUGUCAUUAGUGCAACUGCAAACUUCAAAAACCGAUGGAUCUGGUAUGGAAGGUCAACGACCUUUUGUAGGUUUUAUGGCGGUUGUGAUCGCAUGCUGUCUGUCAGGUUUUGCUGGCAUUUAUUUUGAGAAAAUUUUGAAAGGAUCUGCUCCAGUGUCUUUAUGGAUGAGAAAUAUUCAAAUGUGUGUCUUUGCAAUUCCAGCAUCGUUUGGAGGUUUUGCUGGCAUUUAUUUUGAGAAAAUUUUGAAGGGAUCUGCUCCAGUGUCUUUAUGGAUGAGAAAUAUUCAAAUGUGUGUCUUUGCAAUUCCAGCAUCUUUUGGAGGUGUUAUGUGGCAGGUAAGAUAUCAAAGUUUCCCUUUUUUCUACUAAAU